AUGAAAAAUUAUGGUGGUUUUUGCAUUCCAAACCCAUCUGAAUUGCAGAUAAUCCCGUAUUUGGCGAGUCAGUUCCGGAAGGACAAAAUUUGGAUGCGCCGGACACAACCCAGCCAACGCGACUACCGAAUUCUUAUCGGAGUAGACAAUUCAUCCUCUAUGGCAGACAACCUCUGCAGGCAGAUGACCUUCGAAGCCUUGGCCACAGUGAUAAACGCUUUGAACCUCCUUGAGGCCGGGAAAGUUGGUGUCUGCAGUUUUGGGGAGUCGGUAGAGGUGGUGCAUGGUCUAGGUGAACCAUGGACCAACGAAAUGGGGGCUGCAAUGCUCGCUAAAUUCGACUUCAAGCAGUCACGCACCUCACUCACCCAGGUUAGUUGCUGA